CGCCGCUGUCAGUGGGCGGCGGGCGGAGCCGGGCGGGUGUGAGGGUGGCGGCGGGCGGAGGGGGCGCGCUCAGCCCGGAGGCGCGGGGCCGCCCCGGCUCGCAGCCCCCGGUGCCGCCCUGCGCCCCGCCGAGCCCCGCCGCACCCCGCGGGGGCGGGCCGGCGGCAGCAUGGUGGAUGUGUUCAGCGGGCGGCUCCUGAUCAGCAAGGACGGCCGCAGCGUGGACCCCGAGGAGGCCCUGCAGAACAAGGUCGUGGGCUUGUACUUCUCGGCCGGCUGGUGCUCGCCGUGCCGCGACUUCACCCCCGUCCUCUGCGACUUCUACACGGAGUUGCUGGAGGAGACCCAGCCCCCCGCCCCCUUCGAGGUCGUCUUCAUCUCCUCCGACCACAGCGCCGAGGAGAUGGCGGGCUACAUGCACGCCAUGCACGGCGACUGGCUGGCGCUGCCCUAUCACGACCCCUACAAGCAUGAUCUGAAGAAGAAAUACAACAUAACAGCAAUUCCUAAACUGGUGAUUGUGAAACAAACUGGAGAAGUCAUUACUGACAAGGGAAGAAAACAGAUCAGAGACAAAGGGCUAUCCUGUUUUCGGAACUGGCUUGAGGGUGCAGAUAUCUUUCAGAAUUUUUCUAGCUAAAAAGUUGGCAGAUGAAAGUAAGACAAGGUAUCAUGGAAAACCCUGUAGAACUUUGAAAAGGUUGUUGCCUUGUUCAGAACUGGAAGGGUAAGGCUUGUUUCUUUGCUUGUAAACAAAUCUUGUUUUCAAUUUGAAGAUUAGCUGUUCCAGAAGUCAAAAAUGCAAUUGUUUUAUUUAUUGUAUUGUUCUAGGUACCUUAUUCAAUAUGAACCAAAGCAUUCCUGAUAAUGCUGAAUUACUUCAGGAGGAUAGGCUAUUUUAGACAGUAAUAAUGGAGCACUGUGAAAUCUAUGCAGACACGUUGCAAAAUCUGUACAGCAACAAUUAUAUAUAUGCACAAACAUUUUUUUAGACAGUUUUUUGUGGUGAUUAGCACAUUUUAUUAAGAAAAGGAAACUGUUUGCUUUAAUAAAUAAUUUUAUGAAGUA